AUGCCAUCCCGCCGCCGCAGUGCCGUUGCCUGUCUCUUUUGUCGUGAGAAAAAGUUAAGAUGCGACUCGGUGCAGCCCACGUGUGGAAAUUGCGCCACCAAAGGCCUGGUAUGCCAGCAAGGCAUCCUCCAACCUAAACAAAGGCCAACGAACCACCGUAUUGCUCAGCUCGAGCGGGAAAACCAGGCACUCCGCGAGCAAUAUGCCCAUAUGCAGAAAAGCAGUCCGGGAUCUCCGAGCAUAUCCCGAGUGACCCCGACGUCACCUAUCGAAGCUACUCAUCCAGAGGCUCGUGAUAGUGACCCAACCAACAAACCACCGCCAUAUCAUGGUCCCACCAGCACGGCCUAUGAUGAUUCCACACUCUUGCCGGAAGCCCCCCGGGGAGACGCGCCUCUCGCCGAAGAGAGCGCGCGCCAGUCUCUUUUUGCUGCCGCCGCGAGACAGCGACAGCUUGAACGGCUCAACCUGGCCGCAGGCCGACUGGACUUUGACGGAGUGGACCCAGCGAUCGGAAUGCAUUUGCUGUCCAUCUACUGGAGUCGCCAGCUGUACACAGCUCAGAUUAUCUAUCGCCCUGCAUUCAUGCGAGACAUGGCCUGUGGGGGGCCUUACUUCUCCCGCCUGCUUCUUAAUGCCAUCUUGUUUGUCGUCUCCAAACACUAUCCCCGACCGGAACUCUGCUCCGAUCCGGACGACAUCACGACGGCCGGCUGGCGGUUCCGACAGCGGUUCACCGAGCUUCUGCGACUCAUGUUUGACCAGAGCGAGAUUACAACCCUGCAGGCCCUGCUGAUCAUGUCCAAUGCGCUCUUCUCACGUUGCGAUGAGCGAAGUCGAUCGUGGCUCUACGCGGGAAACUCCCUGAACAUGCUCAUUGAUCUAGGCCUGCAUGUCCUACCGUCCGACCCAACGCGUCUGACUGCAGAGGAGCUCGAGAUCCGGAAGCGCGUCCUCUGGGGCGCUUAUCUGAUUGAUAAGAUUCAGUGCCUCUUUCAAGGACGUCAUCCGCUGCUCCGGCAAGUCGACUUCAAUACCCCGCUCAACUUCUGGGACGAAUACGACGAGCUGGAAGAAUUCCAAUGUAUUACCUACGCCCCGGCCGGGUCUCGGCCUGGGGUUCCCUCCCUCAAUGUCACGCUCCUUACCAAAUUGUGCGAGUUGGCCCUGAUAAUUGAGCGCAUUGUGGGCGAGCUGUAUUCCGUCUCGACACGCGACCGGGCGGGCAGCCCUAGCCACAUGGUGACCGAGAAAAUCAAUGCGGACCUCACAAAAUGGCGGAAUGGUCUGCCCCCAACCGUCGACUAUCUCUCCGCUCCAAGCCCGCAGAUACCACUGCCUCAGUCAUGUUGCCUGUUGGCGCUCUAUAAUGUCUUGAUAAUUCUGUCCAAUCCACCCCUGGUCACCGACCGGAAUGGCGGGUCGAACCGUUUCCGGCCGGCUCAUGAAGGCGUGGCCGCUUGUACAGGCGCUGCCAACCAGAUCGCGCAGAUCCUGCGAGACUAUUGCCAGCACUACUCCAUUGCCAGUGCGCCCUACAUGCUCUCGUACGCAACCUAUAUCAGCGCCACAAUCCAUGCGCACAUAGCUGCACAAAAAGGGCCUGAUUCCAGUGCGUUCCAGUCUUUGGUGUUUUGCCGACGGAUCCUGAUCGAGCAUACCCGGCUGUACGGAGCCGCUGCGAAAGCACGAGCAAACCUGGACAAACUGCUUGAGCGGCUCCAAGUUGUCAUUCCGGAUGGAGAUUUGCCCAAUCAAAAUAUUAGCAACCAUCUGGUCCCCAGCGGUGCAACGAGGCGAGAUGGUGAUACCCUGGCUGCUAUGGAACUAGUGGAUUCCAUUGACCCGGGUUUGGGAGUGGCAGAGUUGCCCAGCCUGGACCUAUCAGACCUGGACCUCGAGGCAAUUGCAGAGGGGUUGUUUGUGGACGGAGAUCUACAUGGUUGGAUGCAGUCCUUGUCUGGUGUAUGCCAGUAA